AUGGCCCAUUUGGCAUUGCCCCAUCCGCCCGCAUCCUUCCAUGCCGGCUCACACCAAUAUCGGUAUUGUUAUUCAACACCAUUCUCGGCCCGUUUGCCUCCUCACCCCUCUCCAGCUCAACCCAAUUCGAUCGGUUCCAAACAAUCAACACCAAUCAUGACAGCCACGAAUAUGGAUCAGUCAAUUGACCCUCUCCUGGGCGGCGAUGCUGCAGUCAAUGAUUCUCUCCCCACCUAUACGCAAGUGAUUACUGACCAUCCCGCGGCUACUAAGAAGAAAACUCCCAUCAAGAAAUCCGCCGGAGUCAGGAAGAAACGAAAAGUAUCCGGCAAAUCCAUUAAUAACUCAGACAACGCAAACGACGGCUCCGUGGCCAGUGACCACAAGGAAAAUAGAGACGAGAUUCAGAUUGUCAUUUGCGAGACCACUUUCAAAUUCUACGUUUUGGACCAAGCUUUGAAAGGGAAAAAAAUAUGGGUGCCAAUCAGCUCUGAACGAUCUUUCGACAUUCCGAUCACGGCUAGCCCAGCAGACCAGGCAACCAGCUAUGCCGACUUUGUCACUCAACUCUUGGCUGAAUGCAAAGCCGUCGAGGUAAACACCGGUCGGCUUGUCAUCGAAUCUUGGAAAAGUGAAAAGCCUGCGGUCACCUGGGCUGUCUCCAUCCCUUGGGUGGCUGGUUUUGCAAAGGGCAAGCCAUUCCUUGUUAAUAAUGAGGAGGCUUACAAUAAGUGGAUCGAGGCUCUUGUCGAAAACAAGAGUGAUGCAACAACUCUAUCCCUCAAAAUGAAGAACCCGAACGCCGAAGCCAAACAAGCACACAAUGCUCAGGUCCUAGCUAAAGAGGCCAUACGUACCGAGGCGAAGAGGAUGGUGAUCGAGGCAAAGGAAGCGAAGCGUGCUGAGGACCUGAAGUCGGGCAAGCGCAAUCUGGAGGAUGACAAUGAUGAUGAGGUUGAGGAUCUGCUUGAUGAUGACAACAAGACGGAUUCAGAUGCCGUGAAACUGAUGGUGCGGAAGCUGUACGCAACGCACCCAGCAAACACCCAUUACGACCGAGGACUUCCCGUCUACGUCAACCCCGCCGAUCCCUCUUUAUUCAUUCCCUUGACCCACGGAAAUGCACAGAUAUGGGCAAAAUUGUUGAUACAAUCCAAGAGAGGUGUUUCCCUCCAAUCUCCACCCAAAGUUUUACGCUAUGAAUCAGUCUUGGCCAAACGAAUCUCAUCAAAAGCAAAGGCUCAAGCAAUCGGCGGAUCACAACCAAACUGCCCCAACGCUGGGAUUCGUGAAUAUGUCGAGUUAAUCGGUUUGCGGGAGGCGUCCAAGGUGAUAGAUAUCCUUGUCGAGAACGACAUGAUAAACUAUAAGCCGUUCAGGUCAUCAAACUUGGAUCGAGCGGAACUACGAGGACUCGGAUUGACUAUUGGGGUAGUUACUGAGCUUGCUGAUAAUGUGGGAAAGUUCGAAAGGCACCUCGCCCGCCAAGAAGCACAAGAAGAAUGA